CGCGUCGCUGACUUCGAUUGUCCUGGCAAGCGAGUGUCAAACGCCCCCAACACAGGCGAGGACGCACGUUAACAACAAGAAUUUGGGCAACCGAACGCAGUUGUGCCGAAGAUAUUCGGCUCAAACCGAUCACCAUACUGGAUCCACUUUAACUUCGCAGAGUAACCAAUUUUCUCCUUUCGUCUCGGUGAAUUGUGUGCAAGGAUCGGGAGCGGAAUUACUUCGGAACAUUUGGAUAGUUCGUCGUAAAGGACAGCUCUAGACUCAUGAUGUACGACCCAUCGUACACGGACUACGCAGAUGCAGGUUACGUAGACGAAGAUGAGGAGGAAAUCCCGAUGGCCGAGCGAGAGCUCGCUGAGGACGCCGAAUGGAAGCUGAUCCAAAAAAACACUUUCACAAGAUGGGCUAACGAGCACCUUAAACCGAAAAAUGUAACCGUCGAAGAUUUGCAGUACGAUUUGGCCGAUGGAUUGCGUUUGAUUGGAUUGGUGGAGGCGCUGUCCGGACAGCAGUUCAAACAUGUUAACCGGAAGCCAAGUUUUCGAACCCAAAAGCUUGAGAAUGUCACAAUGGUACUGCGGUUUCUUGAAGAAAAUGAAGGUUUACGUCUGGUAAAUAUUGAUAGUACAGAUAUUGUCGAUUGCCGAAGUAAACUGAUUCUUGGAUUGAUAUGGACGUUGAUUUUACACUACUCCAUUACUAUUCCUCUUUGGGAAGGCGAGAUCGAUCACGGACAAGGACAAGGGCCAACUCCCAAACAACGAUUGCUGUCUUGGCUAAACAACAAACUUGUCGAUCGUCCGGUCAAAAACUUUACAACCGACUGGAACGAUGGGACAGCCAUUGGUGCGCUAGUUGAUGCUUGCGCCCCUGGUUUGUGUCCAGAUUGGCGACAAUGGGAGCCAAAACAAAACCUCCGCAAUGCCAGAGAAGCAAUGAAUGCUGCUGAACAAUGGCUUGAUGUACCUCAGCUGAUUCGGCCGGAAGAAAUGAUCAAUCCUCGUGUGGAUGAGAAGGCAAUGAUGACGUACUUGAGUCAGUUUCCCAGUGCAAAACUGAAAGAAGGUGCACCGCUUCGACCAAAAUCAACUCCAGAAUUGGUCAGAGCUUACGGACCAGUUCUGGCUGCCGCCAUACUGCCACCGGUAGAUUUAAGUAACGCAAAUCCCGGAGCACAAGAAUCACCUGCACAGGCUUUGGAACACAGGCGGGUCCAGUGGGCCAAACAGUCUGCCGGCGGGGAACCUCCACGUCAAGGUCUUGGUGUGUUGUACGCACUGGGACGACAGAGCCUUUCAUGUUAUCUGUUCUUUUUCGGACACAAGAUGAGUGCUCAAAAACUGAGCCAAACAAAAGCUGUACAGCGUAAACCCUCAGUGAACAAUCCUAAACAAAGUCCAAAAGGUCUACAACCCCAUGGUAACACAGUGGGGAAUCCUGCUCGGUUCACAAUCGAUACCUUCAGCGCUGGUCGCGGUCAAGUUGAAGUUAUUGUACUCAAUCCCAAGGGUCAACGAGAACCGUGCGAAAUUCUCACCAACAACGACCGACAACAGACAUACUCGUGUGCCUAUGUACCAACUCAGGAGGGCGAGUAUCGUGUGAUCAUCAAAUUUGCUACCAAAGAGAUUCUCAACUCUCCUUUCAAGGUGAUGGUCGAAGGUGCAGCCGGGGAUGCAAGUAAAGCAACAGCCUCUGGACCGGGUAUUGAACCUCAGGGUAACCAGGCCGGAAGAAGAACAUUCUUCAACAUUUUCACAGCAGCCGCUGGCCCUGGAAAUGUGGACUGCGUCAUACUGGAUCCACAUGGAGGUCGUGACUCAAUCAAGCCGGUCAUAACCAAACAAGGCGAAGAUAACUAUCUGGUGGAAUACACUCCCAGAGAUGAAGGUUUGCACUCGGUCAAUGUGUUCUUCGCGGGUCAGCAAAUCCCCAACUCGCCUUUUGGUGUAAUGGUCGGACCGAAACCGGUCCAAGCCAUGACAGCUCCGAGGAAAAUGUCUGUCCCGAAACGUCCAGUGUGUGACGCCAAACAGGCGUAUGCCACCGGUCGGGGUAUUCAGCCGCAAGGCGUGCGAGUGAAAGAUUUGGCGGACUUCAAAGUACACACAGAAGAUGCAGGCGAAGGUCCCCUAGAAGUUGCUGUUAUCGCACCUGACGGACGGGAAAUCCCUUGCACCACCAGAAAAACCGGAGCAUACUUGUUUGACUGCAGCUACAACCCACAGCGUGCCGGAUUGCAUCAAGUCCAUGUACGAUAUGGUGGUGACCACAUCAUGCUCAGUCCAUUUAAUGUGGAUGUUGGGCCGUAUAAAGAUUCGCGCAUCCGUGCCUUUGGACCUGGUCUCUCCGGUGGUGUUGUCAACAAGCCAGCUGUAUUCGUAGUAGAAACAAAUGGUGAAACUGGCGCAUUGGGGUUCUCGAUCGAGGGACCCAGUGAGGCUAGAAUAGAUUGUACAGACAACGGUGACGGAUCCGCCACCGUGGCUUACUGGCCAACUGCUCCCGGAGAGUAUGCGGUCCACAUUUUGUGCAAUGACGAAAAUAUUCCAAAAUCUCCAUUCAUGGUUCCAAUUGAACCAGACAUGGGCAAAUGUGAUCCGGAUCGUGUUAAAGUUCACGGUCAGGGUGUUAUGCCUACGGGGAAUGUGGCUGGACAACCGACAGAAUUCGUCGUGGAUAUUCGGGAUGCUGGCGGCCCAGCACCACUAACCGUGGAGUGUCGGGACAAUGAAGGGGAACCAGUUGCACUGAAGGUUCGAGACAAUGGAGACGGCACGUACACAUGUAGCUAUACUCCCAAAGUGCCCAGAAAACACACAGUGCUUGUUUCAUACGGCACGGUAAACGUACCCCGAAGUCCCUUCCGAGUUGAAGUAGCUGAGCCAAGUCAACCGGGCAAGGUACGCGUAUUUGGACCCGGGGUCGAAAGUGUGGUCAGGGGCGAACCAACUCACUUCACGGUCGACUGUAAACAAGCUGGACAAGGGAAUGUUGGAAUCAGCGUGACAGACGAGACAGGCCGUGAUGUGGCUAUGGACACACAGGAUAUGCGUGAUGGAACGUUCCGUGUUGCAUAUACGGCCAACACACCAGGUCCGACGUACACUGUGCAUGUGUUUUUCAAUAACCAGGAAGUCCCCAGAAGUCCUUUCCGAGUCCCUGUCAAGCCCAAUAUUGAUAUGUCCAAGAUUCAUGUGGAGAACCUGAGUCCAAAUAUUCCGGUAGGCAAACCGACCGAAUUCGAUGUGAUCACAGCAGGCGCAGGUCCACCUUCAAACAAUAAGCCUCGACCCAACGUCGUGGUCAAAUCUCCAUCUGGAAUGCGUGUUCCUUGUACUAUGGCUGAGACAGUUGAUGGGUUUACUCCUUCGUUUACUCCGACGGUCGCUGGACCGCACACUGUCGCGGUGGAUAUCGCUGGGAUGCCGGUGAAGGGGAGUCCGUUUCGCAUUCAAGCAAACCCUGAAGUAGCCAUUCAAGAACCAAUUUACCCAGUUGCAAAUGCCGUGCAAAAACAUGCACCUGUCACUCAGAUUAGUCCGAUUGAAGCAGCUGGUCUUGUUCGUGCCUAUGGCGAUGGACUGCAUCAUGCCACGUCGGGAAGACCGGCGCACUUUACCAUCGAUAGUCGUGAUGCCCCACCUGCACCACUCAGCGUCACUAUUGAAGGCCCAGCUGAAGCGAAAAUCAACUAUGCAGAUAACGGAGAUGGAACUUGUGGUGUUGAAUACUUACCAAUGGAGCCCGGACCAUACACGGUUAAUGUUCUGUACAAAGACAUCCAUAUUAAAGGAAGUCCGUUUCCAGUUCGCGUGGCACCUCCAGGACGAGAACACAUAGAUGUGUCGCGCGUUCAUGCCUAUGGUCCCGGUCUGCAGCCCACUGGAGUGCUGAAGGAAUCAUUUGCCAAGUUCACAGUGGAUGCGAAACAAGUUGAUCCACAAGGACACGGCCUUGUCAAAGCAAUCGUGGUCAGCCCACACAAACAGCGCACAGCUUGUCUGGUGCAAAACAAUGGAGACGGUACAUGGAAAUGUAGCUAUUCUCCUGUGGAUGAUGGAUUGCAUCAUAUUGAGGUGACAUAUGACGGUGCCCCCGUACAAGGCAGCCCGUUCCCAGUUAACGUAGCUCCUGGCUGUGAUCCUUCAAGAGUAAGAGUAUAUGGCCCCGGAUUGGAAGGCGGCCUGACACACGAACUCCAGAGAUUCACAGUUGAUCUGGACGGUGCUGGUCAAGGUGCUUUGGGGUUGGCGAUCGAAGGUCCAGCAGAUGCACAAAUCCAGUGUCAUGACAACAAGGACGGCACGUGUACUGUCGAUUAUCUACCCACUAAGGCCGGUCCAUACGAUGUGUUUGUAAAAUUCAAUGACAUGAAUGUUCCUGGGAGCCCGUUCCAGGUGCCUAUUCGAGAUAGGGUGGAUCCCAGUCGAGUGCGCUGCUACGGACCUGGAUUGGAACCUCGUGGAGCAAGGGCUCAACAACCCGCCACCUUUACAGUAGACGCAUCGCAAGCUGGAGAUGCGCCAAUAUAUGUGGCCACAGUAGAUCGUCUGGGUCGGUCAACUCCCGCACACACUGUACCAAGACCAAGUCAGCCAGGAGUGUACGACGUAACCUAUGUGCCGGCAACCGAAGGCCCAUGUCAAAUCGAAGUCCGUCAAGGCUCUGCUCAUGUAGCACGAUCUCCUUUUACUCAGCACGUUUUACCUGCAUUCGAACCACAACGCGUUCGCGUCACUGGAGAAGGUGUACACCCAACUCGACCACUCGGACUUCCAGCCACGCUGCCCACCUCCUUCCAUGUGGAUACAAGAGAUGCUGGAAUGGGUGAUCUCGAAUUGUCUGUUUCUGAUCCGGAGGCCCAACCUCUUCAACUUGAAGUGGUGGACCACGGCGACGGUACAUAUACCUGCCACUAUCGUCCCAUAAUUGUCGGUAGACAUACUGUUCGUGUGAAGUUUGGCGGUCAGGAGAUCCCCGAAAGUCCAUUCCUCGUGCCAGUCGCACCUUCAGGCCGAGCUGACUUGUGUCGUAUCGAAAGUGGAAACGAUGGUCGUGUACCUGUUGGGCAGGAAUGUGUCAUUACAGUGAACACCUUACAGGCUGGCUUGGGACAGGUGACCUGUCGCAUUGUGACACCCUCUGGAGCAACCGCUGACGUGGAGAUACAAGAAGCACCGAAUGGACGGGUGAACAUCUACUACACUCCACCAAUUCGUGGCGACUAUCUGGUUGAGGUGCGCUUCGGUGGUGAUCUGGUACCAAACGGGCGUUUUAAUCAGCGGGCCGUGACCACCGACGAGCUCAUUGUCGAUGCCGUGGAGGAACGGGUUCAGCAUGUGACCACGCACUCAGUUCAGUCAUCCACAAUUAUGACUGGCUAUCACCCUGUGGAUUUCAAACUCCCUGUCGGUCCAAUGUUUAGUCAUGUGGAGGGUCUUGUUCGCACCCCAUCUGGUCGCACAGUGCAGCCGAAUUUAAUCGAUAAUGGUGACGGCACAGUAACCGCUCAGUUCCAACCCACGGAACCGGGUUUGCAUGAACUAGAGAUAACCUACAAUGGGCAACCAAUACCAGGUAGCCCGUUCCGAUUCUACGUCGAAGCAGUGGGUUCCGGAAACGUGAGUGCCUACGGGCCUGGUCUGUCCUACGGUCGCGCUGGUGAACCAGCAGAAUUCACACUGGUUACGCGAGAGGCCGGCGCAGGUGGCCUAUCCCUUUCCGUAGAAGGACCAUCAAAAGCCGAGAUACAAUGUCAUGAUAACAAGAAUGGCACAUGCAGCGUUAGCUACUUGCCACUGGUUCCUGGGGAAUAUACGAUCUCCAUCAAAUUUAUGGAACGUGAAACCAGACGAUUCAACCAGGUUUGUGUGGGAACCACUAGUGAAAUGCCUCUGCGCAUUACGGAGACCGAUAUCUACAACUUGGUUGCCACGGUCAGGAGUCCCUCUGGGCAAGAACAGCCCUCUUCACUGAAGCGUCUACCAAAUGGCCAUCUGGGCAUCUCGUUCACUCCUCGAGAGAUUGGCGAGCACUACGUGAAUGUGUUUCGAAACGGUCGCCAUAUUGCAAACAGCCCCUUCAAAAUUUACGUUGGUGAAGGUGAGAUAGGUAAUGCUUCAAAGGUGCGGAUUUACGGCAACGGACUGCACGAGGGUACAGCAAAUCAGAACUGUCAAUUCACUGUGGACACGCGUAAUGCAGGCCCGAGCAAAGCCGAUAUCGAAUGCCAUGACAACCACGAUGGAACCUGUCUGGUGACCUACAGACCAACUGAACCUGGGACCUAUAUCAUCAACGUAAAAUACGCGGACCAACUGGUCAAUGGAAGUCCGUUUGUCGUUCACAUUGGAGGUGAACCAUCCUUGCGGAUGAUGGAGCGCAUUACGCGGCAACGAGAACUGGCUGAUGUCACUCACGUUGGAAGCCAGUGUGAACUAAAUCUGAAAAUACCAGGCAUCAGCCUCCGCGACUUAACGGCUACCGUUACAAGUCCUUCCGGUGUGACACAAAGGUGUGAUGUUAUGCCAAUCGAUGACGUCAACUACACCAUCAGAUUUGUUCCUCAAGAAAUGGGUGUCCACACCGUUUCUGUUAGACACAGAGGUUCACAUAUUCCGGGGAGCCCGUUCCAGUUCACUGUUGGUGCGAUAACUGAUGGAGGUGCCCACAAAGUCCAUGCUGCAGGUCCUGGAUUACAACACGGGUUGACGUACACUCCAAACGAAUUCAGCAUCUACACACGUGAGGCAGGCGCGGGCGGUUUGUCCAUUGCCAUCGAAGGACCAAGCAAAGCUGAGAUUGACUUUGAAGAUCGCAAAGAUGGUUCUUGCGGGAUCUCUUACAGAGUGACCGAACCAGGCGAGUAUCAGUGUUCUGUUCGUUUUAAUGACGAAAACAUUCCGGGAUCGCCGUUCCGGGUAAUCAUAAACGAGGCCAUGGAACGCACAUUCUACAGCCCGGAGCUGCGACAACUAAGCGUGGCUGCAGUUCAAGAUCGUGGACUCCAGAUCGGUCGGCCGACGGCGUUUACAGUAAACUACACUGGCAUGAGUGGCACUCUACGAGCUUACGCAGUAUCUCCGUCUGGAGUACAGAUCCCUGCCUACGUUCACCAAGUCGACAUCGAUCAGCAUGGUGUACGCUUUACACCACAAGAAAAUGGACCGCAUCUUGUCCAUGUGUUGAUGGAUGAACGACCAAUUCCAGGAAGCCCGUUCCGCGUAGUUGUCGGCCAAGAAGAUCUCGGGAUUGUAACUGCGAGUGGGGAAGGCUUGACACACGGGAGAGUUGGUGAGAAGAAUCGCUUCUUUGUCAACACUACACAAGCUGGAAGCGGUGCCCUCUCGGUCACAGUCGAUGGUCCCAGCAAGGUAAAAUUAAACUGCACGGAACGUCCGGAUGGUUAUGAAUUUACCUACCUGCCACUGGCUCCUGGCGAUUAUAUGAUCAACAUCAGGCAUGGAGACCAGCGACACAUAAUCGGCUCACCAUUCAAGGCUUAUGUGACUGGAGAUGCAGUGCAAGAUAUCUAUACCGCGGAUACCACACACGUGGUUGUCGAAACUGGCAGCCGCUUUGCCACCGGACCGCAAAGGUCGGUAACCGAACCCAGACCUGAUAAGGUCAUUUGUACCGGAAGUGGCUUGCAUCAGGCUUUUCUGAAUCAGACCAACACGUUCAACGUGAAUGCUACCCAAGCUGGUCGCGAUGUUCUUUACGUUGGAGUAUCCGGACCAGUUGUGGCCUGUGAAGAAGUGAAUGUAAAGCAUCUCGGAUUAGGACAAUAUGCCGUAAACUAUUUGGUGCGAGAUCGUGGACAACAUCUGAUCAUGAUCAAGUGGGGUGAUCAGCAUGUCCCCGGAAGUCCAUUCGUUGUCAAUGUGGUUUGAUUGGCAGCAUUCUUGUAUUUUUGAGUCAGUGGGGAAAUCCUAGUUAUCCUCCAUUCGCCUUCUAUCCGCAAUCCCAUCCAAUGCCCUUUUUCGUUUCUGAAAUCAGAAUUCACCGCAAUCAUCUUCUGAAGCAGUCCUCUGUCAAAGUGCACCAGUAAUACUUCGGAUUCUCGCAGUUCCUCAAAGUCCACACUGUGGCUUUAGUGAAGUAUUCCGAGAAUCGAUCAGCGCUCUGCAACUUUCAAAUUUGCACUUCGUAGAAAUGUCCCCUAAAACUAUAGCCCAAGGCACACAAAACAAUGACCCCUUCAUCUCGGUUUUUAUGGCUCACUAGUGGAAAGAAGCUGACCUACUUGUAUUGCACAGAAAAGAAAACUGAACAAGUCUCGAAAAUGCAUUGAUUUCAAGACGACCGACAUUUCGUCCCCCAUUUGAAUACCUCGGUUUACUUGAAUAGACUAUACUUUCCUGUUGACAAGCAAACACAACACUGGCUGAUUCUUAUGCAGUGGACGUAAGGCUUCGUUGGACCCUGAGGCGUCACAUGCAUUUUACCCUGCUGCCUUUCAAACUCGUCUUCCUCUGCCAUCCGUCAAUAUCCAAUAGUUAACGUGAAUAAUACUAUUUAACAUAUGUAACCCCUUUCCUGUAAUCAUCUGAUAAAUGCACCAUCUUUGUUUUUCCCUCUUCUAACCAUCCCCACCAAAAAGCAUUUAAUUCGUCAGGUGCACUAGUGAACACAUAUGUGUCUUCCCUCAUCCCCUCACCUCCAAAAACAUGCUCGUUUCGUGGCAAAAUCUGCGUAUAACAACCAAUAUUAUGCCUCUUUUCAGUGCUUCAGUCCCCUUCUUCCUUGGUGAUGCUUGAUGUAGUUAACCAAACGCUUUUCGUUAGUUCUUAUUGCAAAGUUGCUUGUCACAAAAUCUGUCAAAAGUGCAAUGAAAUAAAACGCUUUGAUCAUUUGUUGUGAAACAGAA